CAACUUGUCAAUUAUCUGGAAAGUCCGGAAUUAUAUCUAAUUGUGAAAACAGCACAAAAAUGAAGAAUAGCAGAGGCACGAAUUAUUUUACAAUGUAAAUUUGGUAAAUUCGUUGGGUUUUUCUUUUAAAAAUGCAAGUUUAGAGAACGUGGUAAACUUCACGAGAAAAUACGAAAAUUUUUGAGAGUCUCCCGUGUCCCUUGAUUACCAUACGAGAUUAAUGCAGCUGAUUUAAUUUCCGCAGCUCCUCCCUCCCCAUUAGUUGGAGUCGGUGACACGGCGGAUUACACCGGACAUCAUACAUUACCCCACAGGUUCUCUCACCAGAUUAGCAGAAGCAGUGGUGCUGGUAGUCCUCCAUUACCACCGCCACCACCAGAGCAAGACGAGCACUCCCAAUUUGGCAGGCCCCAGGGUCAUAAUCAGGCUCAUAGCCAGGGUGGUGCAAUAAUGCCAAUAGUACCAGACGAGGAAGAUCUACCGGGCUGGGUUCCCAAGAAUUACAUUGAAAAAGUCGUUGCAAUUUAUGACUACUACGCUGAUAAAGAGGACGAGCUGAGUUUCCAGGAGAGCAGUGUCAUCUACGUCCUGAAGAAGAACGACGAUGGAUGGUGGGAGGGUGUGAUGGAUGGUAUAACCGGUCUUUUCCCUGGUAAUUACGUCGAGCCCUGUGUCUAAAAUUCUAUUUAAUACAUUUGCAAAAGGUACUGAAGUUUGAACAAAUA